AUGGCAUCCUCAACUAGUUCCGGCUGGACACAACUCCGGCAACAAGCACGGUCGCUUGAAACUCAGACCGAGAACCUUUUCCACACUUAUUCACAAUUUGCCUCCAUUACCAAGCCUCCACAAUCACCCUCUGAGGAAGAGCUGCGGCUUGAAUCGCAGUUGAAAGACCUUCUCGAAAGACGCGAGUCUGUCAUCGCCCAACUAUCCCGUCUCCUCGACUCCGAAGCUACCCUCACCUCCUCCGCCCUAAAACAGAACAAUGUCUCCCGCCACCGCGAAGUACUACAAGACCACCGCCGUGAGCUCCAACGUCUGACCGCAGCCAUAUCUGAAUCACGCGACCGCGCAAACCUACUUUCCAAUGUCCGUUCAGAUAUCAGCUCAUAUCGCGCAUCCAACCCCGCCGCCGCCGAGGCUGAGUACAUGCUCGAAGAGCGAGGCCGAGUUGAGAACAGCCACAGCAUGAUUGACGGCGUGCUAAGCCAGGCGUAUGCCAUCAAUCAGAACUUUGGUGUGCAGAGUGAGACAAUUGCUAACAUUAAUCGCCGCAUUGUCGGUGCUGCUGGCAAUGUCCCUGGCAUGAAUUAUCUCAUCGGCAAGAUUGGGAACAAGAAGAGGCGGGAUGCUAUUAUCCUCGGGUGCUUCAUUGGGUUCUGCUUUUUGAUGCUGCUGUUUUUCCGAUAA